GGGGGAGGUGGGACACCAUGUCGGAGGAGCAGGAUCUGUCGGAGGUGGAGAUGAGCCCGGCGGGCUCCGAAGAUCAUCACCGCCUGUCCCCCGGGGGCGGUCCUUCUUCCCUGGGGUCAGACAAGCCGGGGCUCCACACUAGCCCCGGGGCCGGCGAGCUGGGCAAGCUAAAGAAGGAACAACAACCACAGCCCCAGCAGCAGCAGGCCCAGCAGUCCCAGCAGCAGCAGGCCGACUCCGAGCCGGACGACGACAAGUUCCCCGUGUGCAUCCGGGAGGCGGUCAGCCAGGUGCUGAGCGGCUACGACUGGACCCUGGUGCCCAUGCCCGUCAGGGUCAACGGGUCCAGCAAGAGCAAGCCGCACGUCAAGCGGCCCAUGAACGCCUUCAUGGUGUGGGCGCAGGCGGCGCGCAGGAAGCUGGCCGACCAAUACCCCCACCUGCACAACGCCGAGCUCAGCAAGACGCUGGGCAAGCUCUGGAGGUUGCUGAACGAGAGCGACAAGCGGCCGUUCAUCGAGGAGGCCGAGCGGCUGAGGAUGCAGCAUAAGAAGGACCACCCGGACUACAAGUAUCAGCCCCGGCGCCGGAAAAAUGGGAAGGCCGCUCAGGGCGAGGGGGAGGGGCCGGGCGAGGGGGAGCCGGGCGGGGCCGCCGCCAUCCAGGCCCACUACAAGAGCGCCCACCUGGACCACCGACACCCCGGCGAGGGCUCCCCCAUGUCCGACGGGAACCCCGAGCAUCCGUCGGGUCAGAGCCACGGCCCCCCGACCCCGCCGACCACCCCGAAGACGGAGCUGCAGUCGGGGAAGGCCGAGUCCAAGCGGGACGGGCGGUCCCUGGGGGAGGGAGGGAAGCCUCACAUCGACUUCGGCAACGUGGACAUCGGCGAGAUCAGCCACGAGGUCAUGUCCAACAUGGAGACUUUUGACGUCAACGAGUUCGAUCAGUACCUGCCCCCCAACGGACACGCCGGCCACCCGGGCCACGUCGGGGGCUACGCGGCGGCCGGCUACGGGCUGGGCGGCGCCUUGGCCGUGGCCAGCGGACACUCGGCCUGGAUCUCUAAGCAGCACGGGGUCUCCCUGCCCUCCGCCUCCCCCGGAGCGGACCCCAAGGCCCAGGUGAAGACGGAGGGCUCCGGCCAGGCCCCCCACUACCCCGAGCAGCCGUCCACCUCACAGAUCGCCUACACCUCCCUGAGCCUGCCUCACUACGGCUCCGCUUUCCCCUCCAUCUCCCGCCCCCAGUUCGACUACUCAGACCACCAGCCCUCGGGACCCUACUACGGCCACUCGGGCCAGUCCUCUAGCCUCUACUCGGCCUUCUCCUACAUGGGGCCCUCGCAGAGGCCCCUGUACACUGCCAUCUCCGACCCCAGCCCCUCGGGGCCCCAGGCCCACAGCCCCACACACUGGGAGCAGCCCGUGUACACAACCCUGUCCCGCCCCUAGACGGGCUCCUCUCCCACCUCCAGUCGCCCCCCGGGCCGGUCCCCACCGGAUCUCCCGCCCGGCGGGGAGGCCCUCUGGCCCCCACCGCCCCCGCUCCAGCCUUGGCCUGCCCUGCGCCCCUCCAUCUUCUCCACUGCUCCAGCCAAGCACCCAGCUGCGGGGCUCGGCCAGGGGCAGAGCAACCCCUCUGGACCCAAAGGCGAGGGAAAAGCCCCCGGCCUCCCCCUCAACCCCGGGGCCGCUGAGCCCGGGCAACACCGACGCUGGGGGCGACCGGGCAGCAGACCCAGACUCCUCCCGGGACCCCUCCGGUGCCUUCACGGACCGGCCCGCGCCUCGUUGGGGUGGGUGGGCGCCGUCCCCGUCUUCCGGCAUUCCGCUUCCAUCUCCUGGCCCCCUGCAUCCCUCCCUCCUGCUCGCGGUUAGUCCACUCCGAGAGGCAGACAAGAGAAACUGACUUUCCUGGAGCCAGUCCUUGGAGGUGUCCUCCCCGUCGGCAGGAAACUUGGGGAUAUGCAAUGGGGGAGGGAAGCUUGCUUGGGGUUUCUCCUCCCUAUGUGCCACACACCUCCCUUUCUGGGGCACCCAGAGACCCUAGGGAGCCUGGCUGGGCUGACCUUUACCCCCGCCUCCUGCCAAGGCCACGUUAGGGAGACCCCCGGCGCGCCACUCUCAGCAGGGAUGAAGGGACGGACACAGGCCGGAGCCCGGAGGCCUCGUUCAGGGGUGGGCCCGAAGACGAUUCCCAAGCCGGGCCCUAAUCUGUCUCUGCUGACGGACUCGCUCCCCGCUGGCGGCUCCUCUUUCCUCCCCACCCGAGUUCCCUUCCUUGAGUUCACUUGGCAUCAUUUGGGACCCCCGGGGCCCUACCCGUCCUCCCUGCAGACGGGUGACCUGAGGCCUCCCUCCCCAAGGGCACCACAGCCUCGGGGCUGCCGGACUUUCGGAUGGACAGCCCUCAGGCGUUCCCUGUCCUGAAAGGCCCGAGGCCGGGCACGUCUGGGACUAAUCGUUACAGCCCAUCCUGGGGAAAUAGCAAGGUCCUGACAUUUAUGUCCCAUUUCUGCCCUCCCUCCAACCCCAACACCCUUUGACCUUUAUCCUGACCACACCCCACCCCAGGUGUUUGAAUAAAGUAUGUAGUGCAUCUGCCCCAUCCUCCUCCCUCCUCCCCCCAUGUAACGCAUUACUGCCCCCUCCCCUUAUUUAUCUGAGUAGCCCCCACCCCCACCGCCCACCCUUCCUCCUGCUCUCCCCUACUGCCCAGCCCAAUUAACUCUGCCUUCAGC